UCUAGCAUGGCUGUGCGUGGACCGCAACACCCUCUUCGCGUUAACCAGAUGCUUGCCAGUUUCGGGCCGUCCCUAAAUGCCGGCUUGCUGUGUAUAGAGCAAAUGUAGGAGUCGUGCUCAUGCAGAUGUUGGGCCUCUCUUAAAGCAAGGCGGCAUUCACUCGGCUGGGGCUUGCCGCGCGAAUGCGAGGCAGCAGGGUGUCAGAUGGUGAUGAAGGCUCCAGCAUCAGUGGUUCAAGCAGGUCGUCUAGAAAGAAGAACGAUGUGCUGCCCCGGGACGGCCCUGAAGCGGGCGAAGGCGCCGACGAAGUGGAGACCGGAAAUCGUUUGGAAGUGGGCCUCUUUGGUGUCCUCUACACGCUCAGCAAGGAACGCGUGGAUGACUCGCGAACCAUCGCAACACUGAAGAUGCUUCUGGAUUUCUUGCAGCAGCUGGUGUUGCUGCUGGGCACCGAGUACGGCUGGUUUCCCUGGUUCACCACGUGGACCGCUUCGCUGACAUGGAUGUGGACAGGCCUCAGCUACCUGAAUUUCGCCGCAAAGCUAUCUAAUGUGAGCUAUGUGCUUUACGAGGUGGCUUUGUACGGCAUUGCGGGCCUGCUGGCUCUCAGCUUGGCGCUGUGUGCAUAUGUGGGCUACUGCUUCAAGCGGCACCGCUUCACCUACGUCUGGCCGGUGUGCUUUCUGCGGGUGGUGGUCAGUGUGUUCUUGCAGACCUUCUAUGUGUCUGCCAUGGGGAUCUUCUUCGUUAACAUCAACUGCCACUGGCUGGCGCCCGCGGACAGCAACCACCAACGGGGAUACAUGGACAACUACCCUACCCUAAACUGCACGCAAUGGCCAUAUGUAUUCAACUUGGUGGUCGCCAUUGUCUUGGCCUUCAUCUUCAGCGCUAUUGUGUUCGUGAGCACGAUGGCAGACUUCGAAAUGGACCCUCGGAGCGCGGGCCUGCUUGCGGCCUCGCACCCCAAAGUGGAGGUGAUCAACUUAAGCGCCAAGACGGUCUUCCUGCUGGCCUCGGCGAUCCUGGUGGUGGACAUCCCAAAGCUGCAGGCCAUCAUCUUCGCGGCCACAAUGGCGGUGCAGUUCUACACCACCGUGCGAUGGGUGCCGUUUAUGGUCAGCUGGGUCAACCACCUGCGUGCGGGUUUCAACCUGUGUAACACCUGGGUGUCCGUCAUGAUGGUCGUGCUCAGGUAUACUCCCUCAGCGCAAGACCCGCUGGGUCCUUCCGCUGAGCGCCUGACGCUCAUAACCAUUGCUGGACUGCCCUGCUUCAUCGUCGCGGGCGUGUUGGUGUCGUUCCUGCGGCUGCGGGUGGCUACGCGUGUGGCAAUUCGGGCAUUCCAUUCCGCAACAUCAGCAGUCAAGCCAAAAGACAUGUACAAGUUCAUCGACGUGCAUGAGGUUGAGGUGGUAGCCCGGGUCUGCCGCAAGCGCGGGCCUGAGCGAGACACCGAUGAUCCGGAGGCCCUGGCACUGGCGGAGCGUGUCCUUAAAUCCGGCAUCGCACUUUUCCCUCACAAGGCUUACGCCCACAUCCUGUAUUCCAACUUUCUCAUCGAGGUGGCAAGCCUUUACCAGGCCGGCCAGAGCCAGCUAAUGUCGGCCAAGAAGCUUGAACCGGACUGGGUAGAGCGUUUCGGCAUCUUCGUCCGCGAGCAGCAGCACAUGCAGCGCGCUCACACCUCCACAACUGGCGAGAGUUCGGUGGACCUGGUGUCAUAUGUGGAGUUCCAGCGAAACUACAGGCUUCUCGUGCGUGCCACACAACGCGCGUUAGCGAGCCAGCAGGCAUUCUGGAAGCUGCUGCUGCGGCACAAGGUGCACCUGACGUCGCUGACGGCUGCCUUUCGCAGCAUCAAGAAUGCGCAGGACCUGGCGACGCGCACGUAUCGGAGCGUGCUGGAGCGGUACCCAAACAGUGUAAAGCUGCUCCGCAGCUACGCGCGGUUCCAGGAGGUGGUGCUGAACAACCCCUGGCGCGCACAACAAAUCUACGAGAAAGCGGACCAGCUGGAGGAGCAACAGGCGUCCGUGCAGGAUAACAUACUGCUUGGCAACGACCGGCUGCUUGGCCAGCAGAUGGACACUAAGAAGAGUGCCGUGGCGGUCAUCAACUCGAGUGGCAUCAUCCAGAUGACCAACAAGCCGCUUCAGAAGUUGUUUGACUACAAAGCGUCAGAGCUGGAGGGACAGAACGUGUCCAUUCUCAUGCCCGCACCUUUUAGCAACCGACACAACGGCUACCUUGCGGCGUACAUCGCCACAGGUCAGCCCAAGGUUAUCGACACGGUCCGUGAGGUGGUGGCAUUGCACCGGCGCCGCCACGUGUUUCCCAUCAAGCUGGCAGUCAGCAAGCUCAGCGGCCAGGGUGCGGACUCGCAGUUCCUGGGCGUGAUUCAGCCGGUGGCAGCGAGCCCCAGCACCGUACGGGUGUGGCUGAUGACCAACGGCAUGACGCUCUGUGUCGAUGAGCUUUUUGAGGACAUGUUUGGCACCAGCAUCCCCAACUGCAUCGGGCGGCCGUUUAAGGACCUGGUGCUGGAGCAGGACGAGCUGCAAGGGAUCUUUGCGGAGGUUGGCACUCGCAGUGGUGUAUUCACGGCGGUGACCCGAGACCUGCACGUGGUCCACAAGUAUGCGGGGCCCAUUCCCGUGCACGUGAUCGUCAGUCCUGAAGGCACGCCCGACGAGCCUCUCAUCCUUGUGUCAAUAUCACUUCGGGCGUCAUCUUCAAAGGGCCCGAGCAGUGCGGGUCCAGGGGGCGCUUCCUCUGCCAGUGCAAGCACGGGCGUCGGUAACGGGCCGCUAAUGGUCCUGGACCGGUAUGGUGGCAUGGUGUUCGCAAAUACCGCCAUAAGCACCUUGCUGGGCUACGCGCACAAGAGCUUCCUGCUGCUGAGGCUGGAGGCCCUCAUACCGGAGCACUACCAGGCAUUGCAUGCGUGCGGCGUUCAGGAGCUAAUGCGGAGCAGGUCCCGGUUCGCAUGCCGGUCCGGGCAGACGAUCUUCAUGUGCAGCAGCAACAAGGCGCUUGUGCCGGUCCGCCUGUCCAUCAGCCACAAGGCCGAGGGCGAUGACAGUGGGCUGCUGUCUGUGGUGCAAGUCGCCAAGUGCUCCGUGGCGGCCGGGCUGGCGGAGCGGCGCGUGCAAUUCGAGGUGGAUUGGGCUGGAUGCGUUACGUCUGUAGCCAACCAGUCUGGUGAUGUAGUGAGCCGCAUGCCCUCUACCAGCGGACGCACAAGCGCGGCUGCGGCUGCGUCCCUUUCAAAGCAUGGCACCCAGGGCUCAGCGCCUGGCGGAACUGAUGCAUGUACUGGCAGCAGUGCUGGCUCAGCUGCUGGUGCUGGUGCUGCCAGCGCCUCUGCAGCAGGGAUCAGGGCUGCAGCUGCCGGUUCAGGCGCGCAAACGCACCUCUUCGGCUUGCCGCCGGAGGGUUUCAUUGGAUGCAACUUGUUCAAGCUCAUACCAGAGCUGGGAGCGCUGGCACCUGAUGAGGAUCUGCAGGAUGACAUUCUUGAGGAGUUGCGGCUAAUGUCCCUGCAACGGCUGUCCCCUGUUUUCCUGCGCGCAACUCUCCUACCGGCGGUAGCUGCGGAGACGGCUUUUCAGCGGGCAAAGGACGCCACUGCGGCCGCUGGCGAGGAGACGCUUGCUUUGCAGUCAUCCAGCAAAGCAUCGGAUGCCGCAGACCAGGACGGCGGCAAAGUUACCGCGCAUCAGCCAAUACACGCCUCGCAUGCGCAUGCGUCUUUGAGUCGCAGCGGUGCCUUCUCGGCAAGUGACGUUGAGGUGGCGGCCGCCGCUUCCGAGGCAGCUGCAGUGCCAAAGGAGCCUGGCGACGUCACCCCUUACAACGGGCCGUGGAAUGCCUUUGCAACCGCGGCCGCUGCCAGCAUUGCGGCCACCGCUGCAUCCGCCGCCCAGACGCCGGCGGGCGCAGCUGCUGCUGGGGUGGCGCCGAUACAACCUAGCCUAUCGCGGCCUGCUGAUGCUGAACAGGGCUCGCUGCACUCCGUAAUUCUUGGAGCUUCUGGGGCGCUGGCCGCUGUGAAGGAACUGGGCCACUGGCGCUCCCGCGCCAGGACUAUGGCCGCUGGCAACAGGUUCUCCGCGGCUGCGCUUGCUCCACGCCCCGUGAUCCUGGAGAUUGACGGGACGAAUGGUGACGGCAAUCUGGUCGUGUCCAUCUGGCACCCGGACAAAGUGGCGUCGGUGUUGGAGGUCAGCCGUGACGGCGACAUCCGCCAGGCGGUGCUGGACGACCUGCACCCGCCGGGCCCGGUGUUCGGGCUGACCGACUCAGCGCUGCAGCAGUACAACCUGCGGGACCUCCUGCAGGUCCCGGUGCACACCAGCCUAGAGGACUACCUGUUUCCAGUCAUGGCGAUCUCUACUCAGCAGCCUGACGGCACCAGCAGCGGCAGUCGGGGCGGCACCAUCUUAAAGCGCUCCGCGCUGAGGGGCUCGGCAUCCAUGGGGCCACGAGCCGCCGCAGCAGCUCGUCGCGGCGCAGGCGCGGAGAGGGGCAUGGUGGGUGCGGUCAGCAUGCUGGCAGGCGGCGGUGGACGCAGCAGCCGACGGCAGGCGACUGCGCAGCUGCGUCCACAAGUGGGGCCAGGCCGCAACGCGGCGAUGGUGCAUGCUGACGGGAAGCCGCUCCACAUCGUCGUGCAGGGAAUCGCCAAGCGUGGCACCAGCGCGGCAUACUACGUGCGUGUGACGCUGUCUCAGCGCACUGAGGACGUGGACGCGGCUGCAGGAGCCUCUGGCAAAGGAACCCUGCUGUCACGUCUGCUUGGGCCCGGCAUGCUGCUAGCCGCUGCCGCAGCAGCGCCGCGCAGCAAUGAGGGUGCCGGAGCAAGCGGUGGUCAGCCACUGCUAGCAGUGGAGCUGCAGUCGCGCCUGCCGUCUGCGUCCAUUGCAGCGGCCGGGACGAAUGCCGGCAUUCCACUGGCCACAUCAAAGCUGAAAGGAGCCGCGGGCACGUCCUCGGUCCGAUUGCCAAUGCCGGGGGCCAAUGAACAGGCCGCCGCGAAUCAACACAACAUUUCUGGGGCAGCGGGAAUGGUGGACAGCUUUGCUAUCGCAGCGGCAGACGGUCAGGCAGAGGCUGAUGCUGGGCGCAUACGCAUGACGCCAGCGCCGCGGGAGCAGCCCAAGUUGGCUUCAGAGUCACCGCGGCAGCGUGCAGCCGACGGCUCCGUGCAAAGUUUUGCAGCGACGGCGGCUGCUACGGCUGCCGCUGCGGUAGCCGCGCCCGCAACGGAGGGCGCAACUACGGGCCAUGACUUCGAGCAUGCCCGUGGCGAUGCUGCGGGGCGAAGCCUUCUUGGUGCUGCUGAUGCCAAACCUAUCAGUUCGGAGACAGUACGGGCGAGAACUGACCACCUCCAGCCAGCAGUGCUGAGUCCAGGCUCGGUCGUAGCCCACGAGGGCGAGUCCUGGGAUACGGGCAAAUCGGAUGCAGUCACGGACUUAGACGAGCUGGAGGCCGGACCGGUGGAUACCCCAGGCGGCACAGGAGCUGCGCCCCAGCCGGCGCCUACGCAGCUUGCCCAGGAAACGCCUGCGGCUGCAUACGCCGUCUCUGCAGCUUCUGAAGCAGCUGUACAGGCGAGAGCGGCCGCGGUGACGGGGGCACCCGUGGCAGUGGCCUCAGCAGCACCUGCAGCGGGCAGUGCAGGCCCGGUAGCUGCGCAAGCUCGGAAGGCGCCGCCUAGUUCAACCGCGGGGGUGGGGCAUGCGGGCGCACGGGCGGCUGUGCCGCUGAACAGCGCAGCCAACUCAUCUGAGCGCCGCAUCCUAGCUGACCAGGACACCCACCACGGGCGCGGCAGCGUCGCAGUGGCUGGCGCAGCAGCAGCUGCUGCCGUUCGUACGCCGCAGCAGCUCGCCUACGCCAGCAUGCAAGACCAUGCGAAAGGUGCUCGGAUCGGCAUGUUUCUGCCUGACGGUAAUGACGUCGUAAAGCACAGCGGCGGCUCAGCAGCCCGGGGCUCCGCAGUAGCGGUAGCACCAGCGGCAACGAAUGCAGCACGGGCCGCCCCAAGUGUCGCGGCGCGCAGCAGCACCGCAGCAAACGUGCCCUCAACAGCCGCUUCGACAGCUGCUGGUGUGCACGCCGCUGCUGCAAGGGCCAAGCUUGGCAGUCUUACAGCCAUGCUGACGGCGCCACGCACCUCAGCGAACGGCUCAGGUGGUUCACCCUCCACCACCGCGUCAGCAUCGGCCUUGGACCCUAUGGCAGUUCAGGACCAGACGCCAACCUCGCGCCCAAGGUCCAGCAUGCCACCACCUCCACAGCAGUCCAGCGGGACAGGCAACGGCACCCCCUCAAAGCCUGGAAACUAUUUCCAGAGUCUCCUGCAGCGGAGGCUCGAGCAAGGCAGGGCUGCGGUGCAGCAGGGAGUUGGCCAGCGCGCUGCAGGCCCCGGGCCUGUGGCAGAGGGCGACGAGGUGUCACGCUCCCUAUCCGGGUAUGGCAUAGCAGCGGGUGACGACCCCGCUGCUGCAGCUGACCCAGUAGCAGUGGCGCCGCCAGCUGCUGUGGCGUCUGCCAGCCUCACAGUUGCAGCAUCGUUGCGACGCAGCCGGGUGUCGAGCAUAGUCCCGGUCGUGGCAGACGCAGGCAUGAGCGUGGCAGCAGAUGACUAUGCGGCGCUUGAAGAGCUGGAUGAGGAGGAAGAGGCGGCGCUGGCGGCAGCGGCGCUGGGGGCGGAGGUUGAGCAUCAUGAUGCCGGAUUCCAGCGCGGGCGGCGUUUGAAGCGCAUUUCGCAUGUUCUGGAGCAGCCUGCGGCCCAGGCGGCCAUCAACCGCUUCUGGCGGCACAGCGUUGCCGUCACCAUUGCGCUGCUGCUUGCGCACACUGGCUGCUUCGCGGGCCUGAUCUACCUGAGCAACCAGCAGGCCAACUGUAUGAAUGACAUGGGGCGCGUCACGAGUGGGCUUGAGUCUGCGUACCGGGUGGCUGUGUACACGCGGGCGCUGGACACCAUCCUCAAGGACGAGGUGGUGCAUUUCGCCUCGGACCGUGGCUAUGCGGCUCCAGUGUACACAAGGGCCGGCCUUCCAGGGUAUGUUGCCGACAUGUCUCGCUAUGUGUCCACAUUCGAGGCGCAGCAUUUCGCCAUGUACGAGGAUGCCGGCCGCACGUAUGGCCGAGGCUCCGGAACUGGGAAAGCAUUGUGGGACGACCGCACCUAUGAAGUAUGGACUCUCCUUGAUGGCACCGCCACUCCGGCCACGUAUUUGCGAGAAUAUCUGUCACUGUUUGAGCUAGGCCACCGCUUCAUAAUGUAUGCCAGAGAGAUAGCGGAUAACUACCAAAGUCUAGGCCCACCCCACGGUAACCUCUCUGACACGCGCGGCUUUCAAUUCAUCCGAGACGAGGUGGUGCCGGAGCUGCUGCCUGGAUACUUCGGGGUGGCCACGAGUAUUAUCCAGGGAUGUGUCGCGGAUCAACACCUGCUGAACCAGGUCCUGCUGGCGCUGCUGGUGGUGGAGGCGUGCUGUCUGUGUGGCGCCGCCGUGCUGUACCUGCUGUACCGCCUUGUCAGGGUCAGCCGCUACCAGACCUCGCUGUUCUCCGUCUUCCUGGCCAUUCCAUCCGCUACGGUCCGGAUGUUAACGCUGCGGAAGCUGGAGGAUGGUGAGGACGACGAUGACAACGACGCCGAUGCUGAUGAUGAUGACUUGAACGCUGAGAACAUGGUCACAACCGCAGCUGGUGGUCAGGUUGAAGCAGCGACUGCCUACGCCAGCGCAGGCAACCGGCUUGCCACAGCUGCGCCAGGCGGUGGCAUGCGGUCCGGGAGCAGGGCAAAGCUCAGCCGCGGCCUAAGCCGAAGCUUAACAGCUUACCGGCUGCUGGGCCCGGCGGCAGUCGGCAGUGUGGGCAACUGGGGCGUGUCGCGCAGCAAGCCAUCGCGUCUAGGCGUGGAUACGACCGCCUUGCAGCCGUCGCCCCGUGCAGACGGGUUGCGUGCGGCUGCCUUUACGGCUGGACAUUUCGCUGGAUUACCCAGCUCAGGCGUUGGCGGUCCGGGUGCCGCCGCGGGUGGUGCCGGGGCGAUGCCCAGCGUGACAACAGCAGCAGCAGCAGCAGCAGCAACAACAGCAGGUGCAGCGGGAACGCAGACACCAUUGCCCACGGCAGGCCGUGAGGUUGCCCAAGGUAGUGGUGUGCCCCCUGCGCUUCGCUCCACGCGCGGGAGGAGCAUCUCCUUCCGCGACCACGCCCCACCAGGAGCGGCCACGGAGGAUGGGCACGGCAGUGAUGGGGCAAACGCGCCUGGCGCGGAGCGGGAUGCUAGGGGCACCAGGCACCAGCCGGGGAGGUCAGGCAGCAGGGCUGCCACGCCAUCCACCACCAACCGUGUGAGCAGCAGCCAUGCCACACCCGUGCAAACGCCCACACGUUAUUCGGCUUCUGCUCAGGCUGGGGAACAUUGGCCUCCAAGCACCGUGGCCCCCAGCCUGGAGGAUGGUAGCCCGGGGCCCGCUGGCAUGAGUGACAGCAGCGUGCUUUAUGAUGCAGACAUUGUGGCGGAGCUGCAAGGCGCUGCCGCGUCACGCCAGCGGCACUCGGCGCAGGGGGGCUUGCUGGGUAGCAAGCGUCUGGGCAAGGCAGUUCACGCUACCGUCAGCCGGGGCCGGUCCCUGGGGCAGCGGGCCCUGGCAGCGGCGGCGUCCAGCCGUCACCACGUGGGCCGCUUUGCACGCCAGCUGCUAAAGCGGCGCAGCGUCAUGACGGGCACAAACAAGAUCCUGAUCGCCAACAGCCUGAAGGACUGCUGGCGGCUGCUGCCCAUCGUCGCCUGGGCUACCCUGGUCAUCUCGCUCUACGCCUACACCUACACAAUUAGCGACUGGGCGACGGCCCCACUAGACACCGUAACCAUCACCUCAUUCACUCUAGCAAGGAACGUCCGCAUGGUGUAUUUUGCGCACGAGCUGUGUGCAAACAACACCGUGGAAGCCAUUGCCGCCUCCAAGGCGCAGCUAAACCGGACCAUAGGGAUGGUUGCCCAGGACUACGCACUGCUGCUUUUUGGGAAGCGGUACGAGGCCCCUGAAGCAGUAGCUUCAGCCCCGGCUUUGUCGGACGCGGGGUACCAGGUGCACGGAGGGCACGCUGGCAUUGCUCGGCUUGGGGGCCACGUGGGGGACACUCUGUACAAGGGUCUGAACCCUGACGGUAGCGGCGGCAACUGCCUACGGCAGAACGCGUCCACCUGCUUUCCGCUUGGGCACCCCUAUGCCGUGCCAUCACUCAAUGGACUGGAUGUGGCGUUUCGGCAUAGCAUUGAAGCUGCAGAGGCACUUGUUGCCGCGCCUGAUGACCAGAUUAACAUUGCCAAUCGCUUUCUGGACUUCUUGUUCAAGGUGACCAGCAACGAUGUGCAGAGCGCACUGCUGUCACUGCGCGGGUACUUUGACCAGCAGCUUCAUGAUGCCAUGGGCACCUGGCAAGCUGUGCACAUUGGGCUAUUCGUGGCUACCGUGGUGCUGUUUGGGCUGUUCCUAGUUGCCUUCGUGCGGCCGUUUGUGCGUUCCACCCGUGAUGAAGCGGCGCACGUGGCAAACAUGUUGUCGGACCUGCCUCCUGAGGUGGACAUCAUCCGACUGGUGGAGGCGGCACUGGGUGUGGGCGAUAGCAGCAAGACUGGAAAGGGCAAUGCAGCAGGGGCAAAUGCGAAAGACGAUGCAGGGGAUGUGGCAGGGGCACCAAAGGCUGCCACCCAAAUGAGAGUAGCAGCGGUGCGCGCAGGCACGCUGAGCAACUGGCUGGAUAAGGCUGGGGUCGUGUAGCGGACAGUGACAGUUGCCACAAGACGUGCACGUCACCUUGCGUGGCGCAAUAUCGUAUACACUAUGAUAUGCGCGGCUGUGUUUCAUUCCUAUGAUAUGGUAUUUCGUAAAUUGUGAUGCAUUAACGCUUUUUGCAAUGCCCCAUAUUGCACAACCGCAUUCACAAUGAUGGCUGUGCUGAAGGUCGAUGUACAUUUGAAAGGAGCAACAUUGACCAAUCUUGAAUGGCUGGUGUUACCAACUUAUUGUACUGUGAACUGGUCACAGAUCAUUACCAGAAGCGGUUGUGCAUGUAAGGUACUGGUGCCUGGUUAGGGUUCGGCAGGAGCGCAUAGCAAUGUGACAACUCAGUGCGUGGAGUAUGGCUGCUCGGAUGUGUUUGGAUGAGUGCUGCGACGGUUUGUUGUGCUUGGCCGCUGGACAUACUGGGCACAUGGUGUAUGUACGUACUGAACCCAGCUGUGCCCGGUAGAUGGAUGCAACACUAUGGACAACAAGGGGCUGUUACAAGAGGGACCAUCUCCUGCCCGAGAACAGAGACUGCUGUGACAAGCGGCGUAAUAACAAUGGGCAGAGGAUAGUGGCACGAGCUCAGCAAAUUUUUUUUGCGGAACUUUACUGAAUGGGCGGCCGUCAUCCUUGAGAGGCCUGAACCGCCUGAAGCCUUCUGCAAACUCCGAUGCAGGAUCCGUCUGUGGGGUCCCUGCCCUCAGUCCCCAAGGGUCACAUUGCUGCUGGACGCUCCUGGCCCAGCCGACAUCUUACUUACUGAUGAAGUACACGCUAAUGAGGUUUCCCGGUGAUGCAUUAUAUGGUAUGCACACUUGCACAGGUGUCAGCAGCCAGCAGAGCAGCCAGGCGAGUUGACCUGUGCGGCGAUGGACCUGGCACGAUGUGCGCUUUCGCUUUCAGGGCUUUGGCGACGUUAAGCCUUAGCCCAAUAGAUUGUAAUACAUAGCCUGAAUGUAAUUUCAAGACAAC